AUUCAUUGUUUCACAGUUUUAUAAUUCAUAAACCAUAUCUUUGUGAAAUAAAAUUUCUUUUCUCUGUAUGCAGUAAAAUAACAAUCUAUUAUACUGUAAUCAACUAGAAAUAGCAUUUCAGCAGUUUGAAUAUUGACUUAGGUCUUCUUUGCGAGUCUUUGCAUUUUCAGGAUUUUGCUGAUUCACUUUGUUAACCCAGGGAUGCUUGAGAGGGUGACACAGGAUAGAGAAACACGAGGCAGCACGAUGAGUUCUUUCUUUCCUUGCUGUCAGCUUUGAGACUUAAAACACGAUAUAAUUAUGUUUCUUAGGUAGAAUGUUCUUAUUUUUUACAAUUUUUGUUGUACAUAUUUGUGCUUGGGAAGGAAAUUAGAUUGUAACAGUGGGUAAGAUCUGAAGGCAUUUGGUGCCCAGAGGCAGAGUGGGGAGCGUUGCACCGUGGCGGAGAGGCAGGUGUGAGGAAGACUGGUGCUGUGUGGACGAGUUUCUCUUCAUCCUUCCAAUGUGGAGCAGACGGAGCCUCAGACCCCAGGACAAACAGGGCUCCCUUCACAGAAGUCAACCCUGUCUUUGUAUGUCUUAUGAAUCCUACAUGGCAAUGCUGUUGUGUCUGCAACAGCUUGGUUUAGCUAAAUAUGUCACGAAUCCUAUUUUGGAAACUGUUCCAUCCCAGAACUCAAUCUGAAUUUGUUAGAAACAAAUUGUCUGCAGCUGAGACAAGGUGAAAUUACAGAGCAGGGAAAGAGAUCUACCCUCAUUUGCACGCUAGCAGCUGUGAGUUUAGCGUAGGGUUCAUAAUCAUCCGCGAGUCAUUUCAACCGGUAGAGCGAUUAAAAGCACUUAGGUAGGGUUUAGCAGAGAAAUUGGAAAAGGUAAAGAUUUCACCAAAAUAGCCUCAUUUAUAUUAAUUAGCAAACCUUGGAGAGUUUUGACUUGGCAUUAGAUCAAUGGUUAAAGAAGGCACAGGAGGAAAAGGAGGAAGGUCUUGGCUGCACAUUAAAGGUGUUCUUGACAUUUUAGAUCGGCAAGUACCCAUCAGAGAUUUUUUACUUUGAAUUUUCUCGGUUUGGACAUGGAAAGUGGCCUGAAAAUCUUCACCCUCAUAACAGUUAUGCAAUUUAUAAUUGGGAAUUUGAGCAACGGAUUUAUAGUACUGAUAAAUUUCAUUGACUGGGUCAGUGAAAGAAAGCUCUCCUCAGUUGAUCCAAUCCUCGUCAUGUUGGCCAUUUCUAGAAUUGGACUUGUCUGGCAUGUACUAAUAAGCUGGUUUCCAUUUAUGGAUCAUUUAUCUUCAGCUGCAUAUGUACAACUAAUCAGUGUUUCUCUCUGGGUAUUGUUCAAUCAUUUCAGUCUCUGGCUUGCUACGAUCCUCAGCAUCUUUUAUUUGCUCAAAAUAGCCAGUUUCUCCAGGCCUAUUUUUCUCUAUCUAAAGUGGAGAGUAAAAAAUGUGAUUCUGAUGAUGAUGCUAGCAGCCUUGGUCUUCUUGUUUUUAAAUCUGAUAGUAAUAAACACUCAUGUUGAAGACUGGAACCAUCGGUUUGAAAGAAUCACAACUUGGAAUUCCACAGUGAGUGACUCUGCAGCACUAUCUCAGCUGAUCAUGUUAGAAAUGAUCAUGUUCUCCCUCAUACCAUUUGUUCUGGCCCUGAUCUCUUUUCUUCUGCUUAUCUUCUCCUUAUGGAAACAUCUCCAGAAGAUGAAGCUCAAUUCCAAAGGACUCAGAGAUCCCAGGACCAAGGCCCACACAAAUGCCCUGAAAAUUAUAAUCUCUUUCCUCCUACUCUACACUACUUACUUUCUGUGCCUUCUUGUGUCAUGGAUUUCUCAUAUACAUCAGAUUAAAAUGGUCCAAGUACUUUCUGGGACUAUUGGACUCCUCUAUCCCUCAAGCCAUUCACUGAUUCUGAUCCUGGGAAACUCCAAGCUAAGGCAGGCCUCUCUUUUGGUGCUGAGGCAGCUGAAGUGUGGGACAAAGGAUGAAAAGUUUAUAACUCUGUAAGCUAUUGGAGCCAUGUACUAUUGGAUGUUUUUGAUAAAAUAGUAGGAAUCUACUUCAAGGAUAUUUAUUC